AUGGCCGCUAAAGUCAAGAGAGCCAUGACUGCGGACAAGCAGUCGGUGGCCGACAAGACAGCCAUCGGUCAGCGCGCGAGCCGUUCGUGUGUCUCAAGACGUGUGUCGACGACAACUACCGCAACGCCGACCACCAGGACAUCGAUGACGGCUAAGAAGCGGCCGAAGACUGUGUCUGACGUCACGAAGUGGUCGUUCGCCGAGACGUCGGCGCUGAUGACGGAUGAGUCGGAGUCCGAGUACGACAUCGGAUACGAGAUAACACUGACGGACACGGAGUCAGAGGAUUCACUGCAAGAGAUGUUUAAUCCAAAGACAACGUCUGUGUCCAGCAGUUGCUAUCCCACUGUAAGUCAUAGAUCUGAAGACAUAGAGAAACCUCGGCAACAGGUAGUCAUCGAUGGUAUGGAAAGUCUUAAACGAGAGCUGACCGACACCGCGGAUGAGAUAAUCGGUGGUCCGAAACGACUUAAGGAGUCGAUUGUGGCGUUUAAUAAGGAGUUGAGUCGACUAACGGAUCAAUUGCGUGAUAAAAGUGUGUCUGAUAUUGAUAUUCACAUAAAGUAUCAGAGAUUUAUGGCUAACUCGAGUGAACAGUUGCCACAGUCAUCGACAUCACCGCCGAAGAGGUUGAAGAUAUUUAUGCCAAACAUUAAUAAGAAGUUAUGA